UGGGGAAGGAGGACCCCAGAUAUUCAUUGACUUUCUCCACGAGAACACGCUACUUCCGUACCUCUCGUCACUUUUCCAUCAAUGGCCAGUGCAGCCUGGCAAGAAGAACUACGGCAGCGGCUUGUCGAACGCAAUCGGAAGGAAUUAGCAUAUGCUGGAAUCAUAGAACAAUAUCGUAGGCUCUCGCAGCAAACGCGCCUGCUCAAGGAGCGCAAUCAAUCCUUACUUCGCGCUGUCGGGACAGCUCGUUCUACAUCAGGAGGCGCGUCAACGAGCUCGGGGAGUGGUGCAGAUACGGCAGUGCAAACAGCGUACAUCGCGUCACUAGAAUCACAAAUAUCAUCUCUGCGAGAUGAGAUGGCUGCCGUAUACAAGACUCAAGGCCAGAACGCUCAACGACUUCUGUCGAUGAACGAAACACUACGGGAAAAGGAAGAACUCGCUCGCAUAGAAGCUGAGGCACUGCGCAAAGCAAGAGAUGAAAUUGCGACGUCCCGGCGGAAGGUUGAGCAACACGAGGAAAUCAUGCUCGAGAAGGACAGAAGUGUUCAGAUAUUGAACGACGAAAUUCAGUCUCUCACUCUGGAGCUCAACCAGGUGAUAUCUCGGAAUGAGGCUCUCAAAGUGGACAAUGCGACCCUUCUCCAACGUUGGCUAGAUCGCGUAGACGAAGAGGCGCAGAAGAUGAACUCCGCCAACACGUUCUACGAAGACAUGCGAUCCAGAGGUUGGAAAUCCACUCUCAUCAAUAGUGAUACCACGACGGGCUCCUCUCAAGGCGGUGCGAACAGCAGUGUUAACGGAGAUGGACCGGAUAACGAUGAUGACGAGAGCCCUUUUCUCAAUCUCCAGGACGACAAGGGGUCAACAAAAAUCGAACCCCUUCGGAAUCCGAAUGGCUAAUAAUCGAUGACGACGAUUGGAGUUCCGUACGAUCUUUCCCUAAUGCUUGAACUUCUGCGUUAGAUGAGUGUUCCCCGAUUCUUCCGUUGGGCGCGCCUUGUACCUAUUUAUUUCUUCUCGUACUAUUCCAUAACCGGAAAGCCCCCUUUCAUGGUGUAAGUUGUGCAAUGGAUACCUAUGAAGUAGACAGGAUGAUCCAUAGAAUACAGAAGAACGACCACGAAUCAUUGCUGUUGUGCUGGUACAUUCAACAGAAUCCCACUUCCGUUCGGUCCGCCAGUCGGCAGAUACGUGACAUUCCUAUUUUGGCUGAGACUCUGCACGAUGGCUUUGGCUGCCUCAAUUUUUCGGAAUGUGACGAAGGCUUCGCCAGCACGAUCCAAAGCGCGGGAAAUUGUGGCAGCAGCCUCUGCCUCGCCUUCGGCUCGGAUAACGGCAGCUUGACGC